AUGUUCCGCGAGAAUGUCUCGGCAUGGGACUGCUUCCAAUCUCGCGCUGACAUCUUUCCUGCAUUCUUCAACCGAGUCCUCGCUCUCAAGGACCCCAAACGGAAGGCGGGGAGCAAGCGAGCUCGGCAGGAGGAGCAGGAGGAGCAGGAGCAGAAGAAGCAGGGAGAGCAGGAGCACAAGGAGCACGGGGAGCAGCAGCAGGUGUCUGUUGAGGGAGAGCAAUCUCAGGUGGAGAAUGGCGCAAGCAAAGAAGCUGCUGCGGAGGGCAACGGUGUAGAGGGGGAGGGAGGAGAACCAAAGGAGAGCGCGGGCGCAGCAGUAGGGGAGGCUGGGGAAGGGGGAGUGGGUGCUGGAGAUGGGAAUGAGUUGGAGGGGCAGGGGCAGGGGGGUUCAGUUGUUGGGGGAGGAGAGGAGGAGUAUGAGCUGAGCAUAUACGAGAGGGUUAAUUACAUCGUCUUCAUCAUCCACUGCUUCCAGUCGCUGGAGAACCCACUGGUGCGGGCGUGUGUGCUGCCGCUGGUCUCUCUCCCCCUGUGGCACGCCCUCUCACCGGCCUGCAGGGAGCGCGAGCUGCACCCCCACGCGCACCUGCUCGCCCUCUGGGCUCGCCUGCUCAAGAGGGACGCCAAGAACCGCACUGCUAGGCUGGCUGCUGUGGCGGAGGGUGGGGAGAGAAGGGCCGAGGCGGAGGCCGCUGAGAGGAAGGAGAGGCGCGGGGUCCGAUUCCUGCCCGGGCUGAUUCUGGAGUUUUUUUCCGUGUUGGACGAGGUGGUGGAGAAGGGCCCGGACUACGAGGACGACCAGAGCGAGUCCGCAGGGGUGCUGCUGGAGAGGGCAGUGGACCAGCCGCGGCUGCUCUUCUGUGAGCGAUUCCUGGAGCUGCUGAUUGAUCUGCUCAGCCAGCUGCCCACGCGCAGGUUCUUUCGUCCUGUAGUGGAUGACAUGGCGGUCGCCGCCCGGUGCCGCCUCAGCCGGCUGUACCGGCACCCGCGCGGCCGUCUUUUUGUGCAGCUGGUGGAUCUGCUGCGAUUCUACGCUAGAUUCCAAAUGGACGACCACGCCGGGCGGCAACUGGAUGAGGAGGAGGUAGACAGGGAGCACUGCGCUCGAGUGUCGGCCCUUCAGCUGUUCCUAUUCAACAACGUGCCAGAGCUGCGGGACGUGGCUCUGACCAACGUGGGCAGUGUGGAGCAUGCUGACGGAGUGCGCAAGUGGAUGGGGCGACUCACAGACGAGCAGCUGGCGGAGCUGGUGCUCAACAAGCUGAAGCUGCUGUCUCGAGCAGGCCUGCCGUACCGCCCGCCACGCCACCUCCUCUCAUCCGCUCGCCGCCCCAAAACCCCCACACGAAUGGUGGUGGAGGAGGGUUCAGAGGAGGAGCAGCAGGCAGAGCAGGAGCAGCAGGAGGAGCAGCAGCAGGAGGAGCAGCAGUACUGGGAGCAGCAGAGGGCCGUGCUCUUCCACCGUCUCCGCCCGUUUCUCGAGGAAGUGGUCGUUUCCUUCUUCGAGAAGAAGCGCUCCCAGCGCGCGGCUCUCAACGCGCUCCCGCUCUACCCCAACGAGGACGUCAUGUGGGACGAGAGCCUCAUCCCCAGCGUGAACUACACCGGCGAAGGCUGCCUCGCUCUGCCGAAACUCAACCUGCAGUUCCUCACGCUGCACGAUUACCUCCUGCGGAAUUUCAACCUGUUUCGGCUGGAGUCGACGUACGAGAUUCGCGAGGAGGUGCACGAUGUGCUGAAGCGGAUGGGGGCGAAGGGGAGCAUGUACAGCAGUGCGGACCGGGAUACGGAGUUCACCGGGUGGGCUAGGAUGGCCAUUCAGAUCUCUUCUUUCCGGAUUGUGGAGGUUAAGGCGCCGCGGCUCGGCGAGGUGCAGCCGGCGGCGGUUCUAGCGGAAGUGGAGUACUCUAUAGGGGGGUAUAAGGCGGCUAUGCGGAGCGAGUGGGAGGAGAUUAAAGAGCAUGAUGUGUUGUUCCUGCUGGGUAUUCACCCAGAUGAGAUUGCGCUGCAAGCUGCGGCUGAUGCCGCCGCGGCGCAGGCGGCGGCGCAGGCGAAGCGGGAGGCGGGAGAGGAUGGGGCGGAGGAGGAGGAAGCAGCGGCGGAUGCUGCAGCAGUGGUUUCGUCGCUGUCCGUCCCGCAGAGAUACGGGCUGCGGUAUGUGCGGGGGUGCGAGGUGAUCGAGCUGCGCGACGAGGAUAACAAGCUGAUGAACGACUUUUCCGGGCGGGUGAAGCGCGAGGAGUGGAAACCGCCCAAAGGGAACCAGCGCACGGCUCUCGUCGCUCUCGACCCAGCCCAGUUUCAACUGGAUUUGGAGGCCAACGGAGGGACGCUGAGAGGAGCGCAGGAGGAGGUUUACUCGGCUUUAAACGUGGUGAUGAGGAGGAAACCGAAGGAGAAUAACUUCAAGCCGAUUCUGGAGUCGAUCCGAGAUCUGAUGAACGAAGAGGCGUCGGUGCCGGGUUGGUUGCAUGACCUGUUUUUGGGAUACGAUGACCCGGCGGCUGCCAGCUGGCGGCGCAUGCCUGCUGAGCUGGCGCCGUGGCGGGUGGAGGUGGUGGAUUUUAGAGACACGUUUGUGGACGCGGAUCAUUUGAAGGAGUGCUUUCCGGGGUAUAAAGUCCGGUUUGUGGAUGCGGAUGGGUUUGAGAAUCCGAACCCGCAGCCUCCGUUCCGCGUGACUAUUCCGAUGCCUAAGGUGCAGGAGGAGGGGCGUGGGGUGGCAGUGGGGGGGAAGAAGAAGGGGCAGGAGAAAGACGGGAAGGGGAAGGGGAAGGGGAAGAAGGGGGUGAAGGGGAAGAAGAAGGGAAAGGGGAAGGGUAAGGAAGGGGGGGAGGAGAAGGGUGGGGAGAAGCAGGAGGGGGAGCAGAUGGAGGUGGAUGGGGGGGAGAAGGCGAAGGGAGGAGACGGGGGAGACGAGGCUUCUCAGCAAGGGGAGCAGGGAGACAAGGGAGGGCAGGGCGAGCAGGGAGAGCAGGGAGGGCAGGGGGAGCAGCAGCAGGAGGGAAGUAAGGAGGAGGAGGGUGAGGGGGUGGUGAUAGCGGAGUCGGUGCCUCUGCCUGACCCUGGGCCGUACCCUCCAAGAGUGCAGAAGAAGAACCACGUCCGCUUUACACCCACGCAGGUGGACGCCAUCAUUAGCGGGGUGCAGCCCGGGUUGACCAUGAUAGUGGGGCCGCCAGGAACGGGCAAGACCGACACGGCUGUGCAGAUCCUGCAGGUGCUGUAUCACAACUGCCCGGAGCAGCGCACACUCGUCAUCACCCACUCCAACCAGGCCCUCAACGACCUCUUUGAGAAGAUCAUGCAGCGGGACGUGCCAGCGCGCUACAUGCUGCGGCUGGGAAUGGGAGAGCAGGAGCUGGACACGGAGCAGAAGUUCAGCCGCAUGGGGCGAGUCAACGACAUGCUUGCUCGGCGCCUUGAACUGCUGGCCGAGGUGGAGCGCCUGGCAGUGACUCUUGGGCGGCCAUCUGACGUGGCAUACACGUGUGAGAGCGCUGCCUACUUCUGGUUGCUGCACGUGCUCGCCAGGUGGGAGGCAUUUGUGGCCAAGUGUAGUGGCGGGGGCAGCAGAGCAGCGACCAUAGUUCGGGACACCUUCCCCUUCGCCGAGUUCUUCCAGGAGGCACCGGGCUUUAAGAUGACGGGCGGGUCGUACGCACAGGACAUGCGCAUGGCGGAGAGCUGCUUCGAGUUCCUCAAGGGCAUGUUCCAGGUGGGCUUUAAGAGGAUUGAGACGUGUGCCCCUUCAAAAAACGUGCUGCUGCUCCUCGCCUCGCCCACCUCUCCCAAGCAGGAACUGGAGGAGUGUCGGGCGUUCGAGCUGUUCAAGACCACAGCAGACCGCUCCAAUUACCUGAUGGCCCGCCAGGCCAAGGAGCUGGAGGAAUGCCGCGCGUUCGAGCUCUUCAAAACAACGGCAGACCGCUCCAACUACCUGAUGGCACGGCAGGCAAAAGUGGUGGCAAUGACGUGCACGCACGCGGCGCUCAAGCGCCGGGACUUCCUGAACCUCGGAUUCCACUUUGACAACCUGCUCAUGGAGGAGUCGGCUCAGAUCCUCGAGAUCGAAACCUUCAUCCCCAUGCUGCUGCAGCGCCCCGACGGCCCCUCCCGCACCGUCACUGGCACCGGCAGUACCACUGCUGCUGCUUCUGCUGGUGCUGCCGCUGCUGGUGCGGCUGCUGCGGCUGGUGGUGGUGGUGGCAAUGGUGCCUUGUCCUACUCUCGCCUCAAGCGCUGCAUUCUAAUCGGCGACCACAAUCAGCUCCCCCCCGUCGUAAAAAACAUGGCCUUCCAGAAGUACUCGCGCAUGGAUCAGAGCCUCUUCACCCGCUUCGUCCGCCUCGGAGUCCCUUACAUAGAGCUCAACGCCCAGGGCCGCGCGCGGCCCUCCAUCGCUCAGCUCUACAACUGGCGAUACCGGGACCUGGGGGAUUUGCCGGUGGUGAAAACCGGGGAGGAGUAUGUGCGCGCGAACGGGGGGUUUGCGUGGGAGUAUCAACUUGUGGAUGUGGGGGAUUGGAUGGGGCGAGGGGAGAGCGAGCCGAACCCGUGGUUCUACCAGAAUUUGGGCGAGGCUGAGUAUGUGGUGAGCGUGUUUCAGUACAUGCGGCUGAUGGGGUAUCCCGCUGAGAAGAUCUCGAUUCUGACGACGUACAACGGGCAGAAGCACCUGAUAAGGGAUGUUAUUGAAAGGAGGUGUGCCGGGAACCCCCGCUUCGGCCGCCCCAGCAAGAUAACAACAGUGGAUCGCUUUCAGGGCCAGCAGAACGACUACAUUCUGCUCUCCCUCGUGCGGACCCGCACCGUGGGCCACCUGCGUGACGUGCGCCGCCUCGUUGUCGCCAUGUCCCGCGCCCGCCUCGCCCUCUACUGCUUCUGCCGCCGCUCGCUCUUCGAGCAGUGCUACGAGCUGCAGCCCACCUUCCAGCUGCUGCUGCAGCGCCCGGACAGGCUCGGGUUGGUGCUGGAGGAAGGGAGUAGGAGGACGGAGAGGCCGGCGGGGGAGGGGAGUGAGGGGGCGUAUCUGGUGCCGGGGAUUGAGGAGAUGGCGCGGAUUGUGGAGUGGCGCCUGCAGAAUGUGACCGAACAGGUGAGCGUGAGCUGGGGAGGUGGUUUUAGAGAGCUCGGGUUGGUGCUGGAGGAAGGGAGUAGGAGCACGGAGAGGCCCGCGGGGGAGGGGAGUGAGGGGGCGUAUCUGGUGCCGGGGAUUGAGGAGAUGGCGCGGAUUGUGGAGUGGCGCCUGCAGAAUGUGACCGAACAGAUGCCAUCUCCUGUGCAGAUGCUGCCAGUGCAUGGGGUGCAUGUGGGGCAGGUGCUAUCUCCUGUGCUGCCAGGGCAAGCGCAUGCGCACAUGCAUGCACAGGCGCACAUGCAAAUGCAGGCGCAGGCACAGAUGCACAUGCAGGCGCAAGCACAGGCUCAUGCACAUGCACAUGCACAGGGACAUGCGCAAGCACAAGCACAGCUGCAGGUGCGGGAGCAGGCUCGGCAGAUGGAGAUGCACGCUCACAUGGAAGCUCUGGCGCGGCUGCAGCAGCAGCAGAGGCUGCAGCGGCGGCAGCACAAGAGCGGGAGAGGUAGGGGCGGUGGGAGGGGUAGGGGGCGGGGGGGUGGGCGAGGAGGGAGGACGGGAGGGGAGGGGAAGGGGAAGGGUGGGAAGGAGGGGGUGGAGGAGGGUGGGGAGAAGGGCGAGGAAGGGAGAGCGGAGGAGCGGGAGGGGGAUGAGGAGGGAGAGGGUGACGAAGGAGAGGAAGCAGAGGAGUGGGGAGAGGGUGAGGGAAUGCAAGGUGUAGAAGAGCAUGUGAGGGUGAAAGAGGAGCCUGGAACAUCAGAGAGCGUGCGAGUGAAAACAGAGCUGGUGGAGCAAGCGAGGGAGGGGCAGCGAGUGAAGCAGGAGAUAUUGGAGGAGGCAGGGCAGGGGGCAGGGCAACAGCAAGUGGGAGUGGUGAAGGAAGAGCCAGCUGAGCCCGGGGCUGCAACUCCUCCUGGGGGGUCCUCUGAUAGUGAUUGA